CUUCCAUCCACUUAGCGUAUUCCUCUUCGUCCGUUUCUUCUUCCUAUCAGCGCCGCCCCAUCUCUUGUUGCGAUGAAGUUCAACCCUAGAGUUUCGAGCUCCCGUCGGAAGUGCCGGAAGGCGCACUUUACUGCUCCCUCUAGCGUCCGUCGGAAGCUGAUGAGCGCUCCUCUGUCAUCCGAUCUUCGUGGGAAGUACAGCGUUAGGUCAAUGCCCGUGAGGAAGGACGACGAGGUGCAGGUGGUGCGCGGGACAUACAAGGGCCGAGAGGGAAAGAUCGUUCAAGUCUACCGCAAGAAAUGGGUUAUUCAUAUCGAGCGCAUCACACGUGAGAAGGUUAAUGGAUCAACAGUCAACGUUGGCAUCGACCCCUCUAAGGUCGUCAUCACCAAGCUUAAGCUCGACAAGGACCGAAAGUCUCUCCUCGACCGCAAGGCUCGCGGCCGCGCUGCUGACAAGGCCAAAGGAAAGUUUUCGGCUGAAGAGGUGGCGGCUGGCGCUGCUCCAUCUCUCCAGGAAAUCGAUUGAUUUGCUUGAUUAGAAGGAAUUCCUAUCUCGGGGUGAUCUCCCAUUUUAGUUUCUGUCGUUGAUAAGGUUUUGGGAUAGUUAAAAAAUUGUGCCCUUUGUUUACAUUCGGUUGUUGAGUAAGUUUCUGUAGUUUAAGUGUUUCUUUUUCUGAUGGAGUUUGAUGAUAUAUUAGCGGAUCUGAACUCGUCUAUUUAUGUUGUUUUCAUUAAAUUGCCAGCCUUUUGGUAUUUUUAUUGCUA